AUGGUUGAAAGACAAGUUGGCAUUGAAAAUGUAGCGGACGAGGAAGAAUACAAUCAGUUUGACGAGCUACCCCCAUUUUCUAUUGGUAUCCCAUCUACAAAUAUCGAUAUUGAUGAUACUGCUUAUUUAAGAUCAGAUCACAAUGAAGGAUUAUGGAUUGCAAAAAAACGGAAACGGAAAGCAAGAAAGGCAUACAAUGGAUCAACCACAAAGGAAAAAAAGAAGUGUGACACUGAUAAGGGGAAACCUAAAAACAAAGGGGAUUUGGAAAUUGAAUUUGAUGAGCUAGGCCAAAAUAUCGGAGAGACCCAAUCUCAGUUUAGCAAUUAUUGUGGAGUCAUGGUAAGGACGAGGAUUUCUAUCCUCAUAUUGCGUUGGGAUGAAGUUCCUAAGGCUGAAAUCGAUGAAUUGUGGUUAAACAUUAAGUCAUGGAAGGCUUACAAGAGCAGGCUUGUUAAUGACUACCUAAAGAAGGGUAGAAAUCCGGUACCUGAAUAUCCAUACCUAGAUGAGCCUACAUGGAACGCUUUUGUUCAACUCAAAACAUCACCGAGCUUCCAGGAAGUAAGCAACAAAGCUACAACGACUGCAAAAUUGAAUAAGUAUCCGCCUCGGAUAGGCUCACGUGGUUAUCGUGGGAUAUACUCGUUACCAACUGAUCUCUACUCCUUGGUAUCUGAAUUGAUUGAAAAAGAUACCCAAUUAUCUCAUGGAGAUUGGUUUCCUGGACCUGGAGCCGAUGUGCUUACAGAGGAGAAGAUGAAGAUCGAGGUGGAGGCUAUGAUGGAGGCCAAAAUGGAAGCCAAGAUAGAAGAGAUGAAUGCUCAGAUGGAAGAGAUGAAAACAUAUAUGCAACAGUUUCUCUCAAAGAAUGAAGGCAUGCACAUUACCAGUCCGGUGUUGAAGAAAAAUAGUGUCGUCUCGACUGUAUCAGAUGAGUUGGAUGGGAUAAAGACUCCUACUGCUUGCGAGUUAGUGAUACCAUACGAAACGAUGAACCAGAAAUGUGCAAAAGGGAUGGUCUUUCCAUAUGGGAAUGGACAAAUACAUUCAGUUCCUUUAAAUGCAAAUCAUUUUAGGGUAUCCAUAGAUAAGAUCUAUGACCAAUAUGAUUGUAUCCCUCUUCCCGUCUCGACCGAAGAAGCAAGUAAGCUGUGUGAGGCGCUUCAUGGUAUAGUUCAGUGGCCAAGGAAUGCAAUUAAGAUCAUUCAUUCCUCACAGUUCAAGCCAAAUGUUGAACAAGAUAAAAGAUGUUCCUCUCUACCGGUAACUAUCGACCCGGGUGUUAUGAAGAAGACCAAGCCAGCAAAAGAAAGUUUGAUACCACAUAAUUCUAAUAAACAAGUCGACCUAGAAAAAAUGCCCCUUCUCAUGAAAAGAAUGUAUAGAUGUUUGAUGAAUCGUGAUGCUCCUGAUGAUGCAAUUUAUGUUGAAGCCGAACCCGGGAUCCUUGGAGCUCAGAAAAUCGAAACAUACAUUUACCCCAAGGAGAUUUUACGUCUAUUGAAUAAACAAUGGCUUGAUAUUAGUGUCAUAACAUGGUUUCAAAUCAUGUUACAUUCAAUGCUUGAAACACGUGGUGGGAAUAAAGUGAACAUAUGUGCUUUCAUUUCCCCAAGUGAGACUCAGGCAACAAUAUGCGAGUCAAAUGGCGAGGGUGUUGUAAGUUACAUUGUUGAUGCAAUGUGCUUCCAUAAAGACAAACAGUUUUUUGUCUCACCCUACUGGCAAGGAUUGCAUUGGAUGCUUCUAGUAAUCUGCCCUAACCAAGGCACAGGGUAUAUCCUGGAUUCCCAAAUAAAUCCGGAUAAGAAGCUCGUGGAGAGCUACAUAAUCGUGAAAUAUGUUGAAGAGGCUGUUGCAAGGCUUAAGGAAGAUAUCGACACACAUCCAAUGAAAUGGACACUUGUCGAGGUAAAAGUACUUCAUGGGUACCUUGAACUUGCUUCUUGUUAG